GUGUAACACACCAGCAAACAUUGCCAAGGUAUAUAUUCCAUAAAGCAGCAAUCUUUUUAACGAUACGCUUUUCUGCUUGCAUAUCUUUUUAUGCGGUUCACUAUCCAACUACUGUCCCUUGCAGCUGCUGCUACAACGUGGACCACAGCAUACGCCGACUUAGGGUUUCUUGACCAGACUUCCCUCGACCAGUGGCCCAUUGCCACCGACCAGCAAACAGUUGCUAUUGCUGAGCAACUGCCGGAACAACAGCAACCUGCACAGGCGCAGCAAUUCCGUGUUUUGAGAAGUGACAGAAUUAAGAAUUAUGCUGUACGCGUCAAGCAGCCCCUUUCAUGUGAGGAAGGUGUUCAGUAUUCGGGUUAUAUUGAUAACUUUGAAACAGACGAUCACUUGUUCUUUUGGUUUUUCGAAUCUCGAGCCUCGCCCCGAACUGAUCCUGUAGUCCUGUGGUUGAACGGCGGCCCGGGAUGCAGCUCCAUGAUGGGUGCCUGGAUGGAAUUGGGUCCCUGCCUAGUAGAUAAAUCUGGAAACGCUACGGUCCGUAACGAGUAUAGCUGGAACAGCGUUGCUAACGUUGUCUUUUUAGAUCAGCCUGUAAACGUAGGUUAUAGCUAUGGUAAAUCCAAGAUAAGAAAUACCAAACAGUCAGCUCGUGAUGUGUCUGCUUUCUUGCAACUGUUCUUUGGCGAAUUUCCUGAGUACGCGAAUAAUCCAUUCCAUAUCUCGGGUGAAUCUUAUGGUGGCCAUUAUUUACCUGCACUUGCUUCGGAAAUUAUUCAUCAAAACAAGAUUGCAGAAGAAGGCCAUAUCCAUAUUCCGUUUGAGUCGAUGCUGAUUGGUAAUGGCUGGACUGAGCCACGUACCCAGCUUAAACAUUAUGAGACUUAUUCGUGUGCUACCGAUUCCGAAUACAAACCUCUUUUUGAUGAGGAAGAAUGUGAGAAGAUGCGCAAUGCCUAUCCCCGCUGUGAGAAACUUAUGACUGCAUGCUACAAAUUCCCGUCUUCGUUGACGUGUGUACCUGCCUAUACUUAUUGCGAACGUACCCAGCAGGGUAAUUUUGAUGCCACUGGAUUGAACCCUUACGAUAUUAGAAAGAACUGCACAGGCGAUAGUGGCCUCUGCUACGACGAGAUCGAUGCAAUCGGCAAAUACGCGAAUCUUCCCGAAGUUCGAUGGGAGUUUGGGGUCGAUGACGAUGCAGGAGAGUACAGUGGCUGCUCUGAUUCUGUUGGUUAUCGCUUUGCAUUGACGGGAGAUGGCGCGCAUGAUUUUUCAAAGCAGGUCGCUGAAACCCUUGAUGAAAGCGUCCGAGUUCUUCUUUACGUGGGAGAUAUGGAUUGGAUUUGCAAUUGGUUUGGCAAUAAGGCUUGGUCGUUGAACAUGGAAUGGCCCGGCAAACAAGGCUAUGGACAAGCAGCCGAUGAACCUUGGUACAAUGAGAAGACUUUUAAGCAAGCUGGAGAAGUACGAUCUCAUGACGGUUUGACGUUCUUGCGUGUGUUUGACGCAGGUCACAUGGUACCCUACGAUCAACCAGAGAAUGCACUGGAUUUCUUUGCACGAUGGCUCCAAAACGCGCCACUUAAUGAAAAGCCAGCAAACUAGUAUUUUCACAUUAACGAACGUAAAGUAGCUAAAUCUAGCUUGACUGAUGCGGUAAUCUACACAAUAAACCUGUUUGUAUUCGUUUACUCUA